AUGUGGAAUCUUCUCUCCAGCUCACUUCUUGGACUGGAGCGUGCUAUUAUGCCGAUAAGUCCCAUCACGGGUCCCAUUUGUACGAUUCAAGCCGUUCACUUUGUAGUUCCCAAUGUGCAGAUAUCAUCAUUGAAAAAUCAAUUUGAUAGCCACAUGAAUUCAUUAGACCUUAAUACUAACAACAUAAGUGGACAAGUUCCUGAAGAGCUUGGGAAUUUGACGAACUUGGUGAGCUUGGAUCUUUAUCUCAACAACUUGAGUGGUCCCAUCCCGAAAACGUUGGGCAAUCUUCAGAACUUACAUUUUCUAGGUUUUAAUCUCAGGAUUUAUGUUACUUCCUUAAUGUUGAUAUUGCCAGUUUUAGUGGAAUCAGUCACUAAUAUUGGGUUAUAUGAUGCUAAAUUUCAUUGUGGACAAGAUAUCUUUGUCAGAUAUUUUAUUGAGACAAAAGCCGUAGGGCCUACCGAGUCUAGAUAUUUUGUUGGGAAAUAUAUUGAGAAUUAA